AUGGCUCCACGAGGCCUUCACAGUAUGGCCUACCACGAGAAAGAGUGCGCCAUGUAUGCGUUUGGCGGUGAAGCACCUGACUGGCGAAUGCAAGGCGAUUCAUGUGGUCCGGCCUCAUUCAACGACCUCUGGAGGCUUGACAUGGAUGAGCUGUUAAUAUAUGGAGGAUGUAGGCCAUUACCGCGUCAUGGUAGCGCUAUACAUCUCAAUGAACUUCAUUUGUUCAACACUAAGAAGAGAGCAUACAGAAUUUUAGCGACGACAAACGAUGGUCCAAAUCUAGCAGGACAUGCAUCGUGCAUGCAUGGCGAUCUGUUUAUUGUUCAUGGAGGAGUGGUCUCAACUUGCGAGGUCAGCUAUCGAGUGUCAGUGCUCGAUAUGCGAACGAAACGUUGGUUUCAUGCGCCUUUGCCAGGAUUUCCAACGCCUGAAAAUACCUCGAUUCUGUUUAUAUUUGAUCCGAAGGAUCCAGAAGGAGUUAUGUGGCAAUACAAAUUGAUUCCGGGUAUUGGACGUUGGUGGCCGACAGUUGGUUUAUCGCCGCCACCGUCAAAUAAGAACUUUGGUGGCAUUGCAGUUAUGCGUCUUGAUCGUGUAAUUCGUUUGAUAUCUUUAGGAAUGCCACAGAAAGGCAGCAAGCUGUCGGAAGUUAUUCAUCAUGACGGUAUUUCAUGUGAACUUGGCCACUGUUAUCUGUCGAUAAUGGAGGCAGCUAAUUGUAAAGGUGCCAGAUUCGCUUCGAAACCACGAACGAUGGACUUGGUAACGAUCUCGGUGGCGGUCGAUCCACAGGCAGAAUCUCAGAGAACGACACCGUUCGAUGAAGUCGACGUCGCAGAAUUGAAACUUCGUCUGAGAACGAUGAUCGCCCAGCUCCAUAUGAAGUAUUACUCGACUCGGCCUGAUGUUCUCCUGAGUCCGAAUUUACCAUCACGUAAUAGCAGUUUUCGAAGAAUGGUCGCGUUCACCGCAGAAAUCCCGGUUGGAGAAGAUUUUGAUCCUGUGCGAGAUCUGCAAAGAAUAGAGUGGAUUCCGCAAGCUGUUCAAUAUGGCGGACCACCUGAGACGCGAAAGUACUGUGUAGUGGCAGCACAUGGCGAAGUAGUCGUACACGGUGGUAGCGUGCAUUUUGGUGACGUGAAAGUCAACCGUGAGUCACAGCAAAUGAUAUUGGAGGAAACGAUGGAGGAUUGCUCUAUCGACGAUGUGCGUGAAGAGCUACCGCAACAGCAGCCGCGCUUUCUACUCAUCAGCUACGCUCUGAGUCACUCAGAUGGCCGGACAUCCUAUCCAAUGUGCUUGGUAUUCUAUAGUCCUGACGGUUGUUCACCAGAAUUGCAAAUGAUGUAUGCUGGUAGUCGGAACAAUUUGGUGAAGGAGUGUGAGCUAACAAAGAACUUCGAAAUUCGCGAUGCAGAGGAACUAACCAAAGAGUAUCUCGAUUCGAAGCUCAGUUAA